UGGACCAAACAAGCAAGAGCCGAAACUGCGCAGCACAUUAAGGAAAAUGACAUUGAAGUAGAUGCGAAAUUCCAACAAGCUUCGCGGUAUAAGACAUUGAUGACUGCAUUUAGAGCAGUAGCAAGUAGAGCUGCUGAAACUGAAGAAACAUAUGAUUUUUGUAUUGCACAGCUUGCUACAUUAGGUGCAGAUGUUGAAGGCAAGUUAAGUGCUCAUUUUGGUGUUGGAAAUGAAGCACGUAAUGAUGAUGAUACCCAAAGCUUUGAAGUGGAAUGUGAAGAUGUGAAUCAUGUUCUGCAACCAAAAGGAUUGAAGAAAAAGGUGGCAACUAGUAAGGGCAAAAGGAGGGUCAAAGGUGGAUUCGAAGCGGCGUUGGUAGCGAACUCCAAAAAAAAAUCCCGUGCUAAUAGCUUGGCUUCGUCACAAUCUAUUGCAAGUUCAACGGUUGCACCUUCUCCAUUAUCUGUUGGAGGAGAUAUAUAUGUUCGUGAACAUGUUCCUCUGCUUCAACCUCUUCCUCCCCUUCAUCCUCUUCCUCGAUCUUUGCCCAUGGGUGGUAAUUACAUUCCUCCGCCAUUGAUGUAUCCCACAUAUCAUGCGAACAAUUUGCGGGAGAUGUAUGUGGUGCCAAAUUAUUUGCCAACUCAACCAACAUUCUAGUCACUACUACAAGGUUCAUGUGGAUAUGACAUUGGGUUUCGAUAUUCUCAAGAAUCAACUACUCCAAUGUGUACUGAGG